AUGGCUCAAAUUUCAACGGUAAUUUCAAGAUUUUACAAUGAUUACAGUGUAAAAACACCGAAAAAACUUAAACUAAUUGAUGCAUAUCUAACCUACAUCCUAAUAACAGGUGUAGUUCAAUUUAUUUACUGCUGUUUAGUUGGAACCUUUCCUUUCAAUUCGUUUUUGAGUGGUUUUAUAUCUUGUGUUAGCUGUUUUGUAUUGGGAGUAUGUUUAAGAUUACAAGUAAACCCAGAAAAUAAACAUCAGUUUGCAGGUAUCAGCCCUGAAAGGGGAUUUGCAGACUUCAUUUUUGCCCAUGUUGUCCUGCAUUUAGUUGUAAUGAACUUUAUUGGUUAG